AUGCUCUGCCUUGAGGAAGAAGACCUCAUUGGAGAGGACGACGACAUGCCAUCCUUCAGAUACAGACCAGACGGCAGGACACGGACCAACUGCAGCCGGUGCCAGAAGAACCUGUCGCUCCAGACCUCCGUCAAAGGGCUGUACGUCUUCUGUGUCUUGCUGAUCAUUGCCGUGAUGGUGCUGGCGUCCCUGGUCUUUAAGAAAGUUAAUUCCAUAGCUGAUGACAUCAGCUCGGCCCAGACUUACUACGAGAAGAAGAUCGUGUCUGUCCAGGAGAACCUCCAGGAGCUCGAUCAGAAGUCCUCGGGGAACUGCUCCUUCUGCCAUGACACAGGGCAGCUGGGGCAGGAGAUAAGCAAGUUGCAGGAAGAGCUGGAGGAGAUUCAGAAGAUGCUCUUGGUGCAGGAGAUCCUGCUGGACCGGACCUCGCAGGGGUACCAGCAGCUCUCAUCCACCAGCAGCAAGAUCACCAGUGAGAUGGACGGCUGCUCGUUCUCCAUCCGGCAGGUCAACCAGACCUUGGGGCAUUUCCUCGCCCAGGUGAGAGGCUGGCAGGCGGCCACUUCGGCGCUGGAUGACUCCCUGAAGGGGCUGCUGCAGGAGCGGUACGACGUCAAGGCAGUGGUGGAGCAGAUGAACUUCACGGUGGGGCAGACCUCGGAGUGGAUCCACGCCAUCCAGCGGAAGACGGACGAGGAGACGCUGACACUGCAGAAGAUGGUGACCGAGUGGCAGAACUACACCCGGCUCUUUGGAAGCCUGAGGGCCACCUCCUCCAAGACCAGCGAGCUGGUCAAGAGCAUCCAAGCCAGCAUGAGCCUGGCCUCGCAGAGGAUCAGCCAGAACUCAGAAGGCAUGCAUGACCUGGUGCUGCAGGUGAUGGGGCUCCAGCUGCAGCUGGAUAAUAUCUCCUCCUUCCUGGACGACCACGAGGAGAACAUGCACGACCUGCAGUACCACACCAGGUACACGCAGAACCGGACGGCGGAGCAGUUCGAGACCCUGGAGGGGCGCAUGACCUCGCACGAGAUCGAGAUCAGCACCAUCUUCACCAACAUCAACGCCACGGACAGCCACGUGCACAGCAUGCUCAAGUACCUGGACGACGUGCGGCUCUCCUGCACCUUGGGCUUCCACUCCCACGCCGAGGAGCUGUAUUACCUGAACAAGUCCGUCAGCCUUAUGCUGGGCACCACGGACCUGCUGCGGGAGCGGUUCAGCCUGCUCAGCGCCCGGCUGGACUUCGACAUCCGGAACCUGUCCAUGAUCAUGGAGGAAAUGAAAGUGGUGGACGUGAGGCACGGGGAGAUCCUGCGCAACGUCACCAUCGUACGAGGUGUGCCUGGCCUCCCUGGACCCAGAGGACUCAAAGGCGAUGUGGGAGUGAAGGGGCCCGCAGGAAGCAAGGGGGAGAAGGGCGAUGGCGGGGGCCUGGGUUCUCCCGGCCCGCCGGGCUCCAGAGGACCUCCAGGCAUCCCAGGCCCUCAAGGCGAGAGGGGACCUAUUGGCGUGAAAGGCGUGCCGGGCUUUAAAGGCGCUAAGGGCAGCUUUGGGCAAGCUGGCCUCAAAGGACAGAUGGGCCUGAAAGGCGACACGGGCCCUCAGGGGCCGGAGGGAGCUCCGGGGCUGGUGGGGCCAGCAGGGAAGCCAGGGAUUCCAGGGAAGCCAGGGUCACCAGGCCAGCUUGGCCCCCCGGGUCCGAAGGGAGACCCCGGCAUGCGUGGGCCCCCAGGCUUACCGGGGCCACCGGGUGUCUAA